UUAGGUCGUAAACAAACGCUGACGUUUACGACCGGAAACCCCCACUAGAUGUCGCCUAGGAAAGUGAGGUUCAGUGGCAAGUUGUUUAGAUCCAGGUUUAGUGCGUAUUUAGGGGCCCAGAUCAGCACAGAUGACACAGGAGGGCGCAGCCCCAUUGGAGGAGCAGGCCAAGGAGAGGCGCCAGCGACUGCUGGCGCUGAAGCGCAGGCGUGAUGGGCAAGGGGGAGCGCAGCCCCUGCAGGGGGAGCACGAAGCGUUGCCGCAGCCGAUCUUCCGCAGCUACCAGCCGCAGGACGCACGCCUGCAGCAGAACCUGCUGAGCGACAGCCGGCCCGAGGACAUCGGACAGCAGGUCAGGGAGCAGCUGGAGGCGGGCGCCGCCCCCAUCGUGCUGGAGCAGCUGGACGUGACCGCGCUGGCGCCCCGCAAGCCCGACUGGGACCUGAAGCGCGACCUGGGGCCCAAGACGGCCCGCCUGGAGCGCCAGACGCAGCGCGCGAUCGCCGAGCUGAUCCGUCAGCGCCUCAACGACAAAAGCCACGACCUGGCAACAGCCGUCAAUGUGGGCGCCGGCAUCUACCAGGCCUGACUGAUUAGUACUAGUUUAGCCCAGCCCAAGCGGCGUUUGCGGGUGUAAUGGGACGAAGUCCGCUGGUUGCGAAUAAAUCAUUGGAAUUA